AAAAAAAGGAACCUGUAAGUAAGCAAUUGAUUCGGUUUUAUUGGGGAGCAUCCAAAAUGGUACAAUUUGGACUGAUUUAAUUCAGGGUAUCAAUACUUUACUACAACAGAUUGAAUGAUCUAGUAGUAUGCAGACACAAGAUUUGUGGAGGUUAACCUUCUGGUUGAGAAUUUGCUGAUUCUCAACCAGAGUACUGGUAAGGGAAUGCAACAUUAUAGAAGUGUAAGCUGAGAGUCUUUAGUGCAUGCCAUGGUUCUACUUCUCCUAUUUUCCUCCUCAAAAACAGUCAGGCAGGGUGUAACCUCCAAGAACAGGACAGAGUUGUCAUUUAGAUUCUCUAGGAAGGUUCAACAGGAUGGCGACAAAAUAGAGAAACGAGAAUCUAGUUAAGGAUAGAGUAGUAAAAGUUAAAUUGCACCUGUAGGAUUAAUUAUUGGAUAGAGAAUGCCAUUAAUUUUGCAACAGCUCUUCUUUGGAUUCGAAUUUAUCAGGUAAAUUGAAGCCUCUAGCUGUUUGGAACCAAGUAGAUUCAGCAUUUUCGUGCUUCUUUCUGAAGUGGUUUUCAAGAUUGAUUCAUCUCGCCUUGAGGUGAUCACAUUUGUUACACAAUGGCAAUCCCUUUGGAAGCUUAUCCUAUCUAAACUGGCAGGCAUAACUGACAAGAAUUUGGAUGUGUCUGCCUAUAAUUUGGUUAAGAUGCCAACCAAAGCAUUCUUCCUCUGAACUUGUGAAUAGUGUGCCUUCUCCCUGAAGCAUUUCCCCAUCCAACAAAACAGUUUAUUCUUUCUGAUUUCUCUGUAGCUUUACUCGAGCCUUCAGGACAUGGGGAUCAUCACUGUGUCUGAUGAAUUUACUUCUGUAAUCCCUCGUGAAAGAAUAUUCAAGUCCUUGAUUUUUGAUGCAGACAAUUUGGUGCCUAAACUCCUGCCACAGAUCAUCAAGAGCAUUGACAUUGCUGAAGGCGAUGGCGGGGCAGGAACCAUCAAGCAAAUGAACUUUGCUGAAGAAGGCGUGUCCAAGAUUACAAAGAAGGCGCGGUCAAUCAGCCUGAAGAAGACAAAGGCGUGGUUUCGAAACCACGCCUUUCCUCUGGUUUAACAGAAUUAUACUUCUGUUAUGCGCAAGUGGAGCUGAUAAUUCUAGAACUCCACGUGUCAUAACCUUAUUAGUCUGUUUAGAAGUUAGUUAGUCCAGAAUUGUCCAUAAAAGCAUGAAGGAAUCCGGAUGAUAGGAGAUUUUGUCAUAAUUCUCCAAGUGAUUGUAAAGGUGAUUUGGCUUUGCCAAAUUCCCUCCAUUUUCUCUUUUUCCUUCAUUCUUUCCCCUUCAUUCUGUAUCCAUUGUUUCUGUUUCUGAAAUUGAUCUUUUCCCGCUAUUAAUGAG